AUGACUCAUCACCAGCUGACCAGGACUCUCUGUUCUCUGGGAGGAAACUGCACAUCCUUCCUGUCUGAUCAUCAUCACAGCAGGAUGUCGAAGGUUCUCCACCUUCAUGGCCACAUCCCAACACACCACACUCACCUGAAGCCUCACCUGUUCCCCACGGUUGACGUUCCUGACCACACCCACUACAUCAUCGGCUCUGUCAUCCUGUUGGUAGGGGUGAUGGGCAUGCUGGGAAACGGUCUGGUCAUCUACGUGUUCUGUCGCAGUCCGACACUUCGUUUGCCCAGCAACCUGCUGGUGGUCAACCUGGCGGCAGCAGACUUCAUGAUGUCUCUGACGCAGUCUCCCGUCUUCUUUGUGUCCAGCCGACAUCACCACUGAGUGUUUGGGGAGCUCGCCUGUGAGCUGUACGCUUUCUGUGGCGCGUUGUUUGGCAUCACCUCCAUGAUUACACUGACAGCCAUCGCGGUGGAUCGCUGCCUGGCCAUCACGCGGCCACUGGCUCUGCUGGGCGGGGUGAGUCGUGAGCGGGUGUGGGCGGUGCUGGUGGGGGUGUGGUUGUACUCUCUAGGGUGGAGUCUGCCACCGUACUUAGGGUGGAGCGCCUACAUCCCUGAAGGCCUGCAAACGUCCUGCAGCUGGGACUACAUGAGCUUCACCACCGCUGUGCGCACCUACACCAUUCUGCUGUUCGCCUUCGUCUUCUUUGUCCCGCUCUGUCUCAUCGCUGGCUGCCACUACGCCAUCUUCCAGGUGGUGCGGGAGGCAGCUCAGGAGGCGGAGCAGCUGAACUGUGGUGAGACCAACAAGGCGUACGAGUGUCUGCUCAGUGACUGGCGGUUGGCUAAAGUUGCUCUGGGAGUGAUCCUGCUGUUCGUCAUCUCCUGGUCACCGUACUCUGCUGUAGCUCUGACCGCCACAGCGGGCUACACCCACCUACUGACGCCCUACAUGAACUCAGUUCCUGCUGUCAUAGCAAAGGCCUCCGCCAUUCACAACCCCAUCAUCUACGCCAUCACACACCCAAAGUACCACGCCGCCAUCGGCUGCCACGUCCCACUGCUGCGCCCUCUGCUGCGGCUGCAUGAAAAGGACCUGCGCUCAUCUUUCAGCUCCAGCAGCACUUCAUCUCGCCGAGCCACGCUCACUGGUCAGAGCCCACCAGGAGUCCAGCUCAGCGCCGGCGUCUGGGCCAACAGCCAAUGGAGGAAGACCCGACUGUCUUCAGCGUCUGACAACGAGUCUUGCUGGACGGAGAGCAAAGCUGAUGGAUCCAGUGCUGGGUCAGCGGCCGUCACCAGACAGCUGUCCUCUGACGUCACUGCAGACAACACUGCUGCCCCCAACACCAACCCUGACACCGCCAUGAGCAUCUCUGACCCCACCAUCGCCACCACUGUCCUUAGCCAGCAGAGACGACAGACAGGAGCUGACUCACCCGAUGGGGGCGCUGCAGCCGAGUAAACCAACAAAAACACAACUUAAACAGGAGCACUGCGACAGUUUAGAAACUGACUGAGGUCAUUGUUAGACACAAUAAGUCUGAGAAACAGUAUAUAUAUUAUUAUGUUCAUAUAUUAAUAUUAUUCCAGCACAUCAAUCAAUCAAUCACAGCAACCUGCUUGUUUAAGUAUACACUAUUAUGUUCAACAGUUGUCAUUUUUACUGAUUAAAGAGAUGUUGUUUGACUAACAGUUUGAAUGUUCUUUUGCUGUUUGUUUGUGUGAUGUGCCUGGGAAACAAGUUCCACUCAUACAUGCCUCUGUACACAACAGUUCUUUUACCCCAAUUAGAUUUCACAGUUGGCAAUGCAAAAUAUCCACCAGCCGCAUGUCUAGUGAAAUAUUCAUGGUUAUCAGCGCUGUAGCAUAGCUCUUGGUAAAAUACAUGAGGAGUCUUUGUUAUGAUCACAUUUCUAAUGAAUAAUAAUAAUGAAUAAAUUAAUCUGUCGCUAACCAUUAACCAGCCAAGAUUCAUAUGCAUUUUAAUGACACUUGACAUCAAACUACAACCAAGAACAAUGCGUGCAGCUCUGUUUUGUAUUUUUUUGUAGUUUUGCAAUCAUAUCUGCAGUUGCAUUUGCCCAAACUGCAUGGCAAUAGUCAAGAUUUGAUAUAAUUAAGGCUUGAAUUGCUAGUCUAGUUGAUUUUGGAGUUAGGCAUGCCCUGUGUCUUCGUAUUAUAGAAAUGCCAUGCCAUCUUAUUUAUAUGUGUUUUCCAUGAUAAUUUUUCAUCAUUGACUAUUCCCAGCAGCUUGGUCUCCUGCACCUGCUUGAUACUGCCCUGUUUUAUUUUAAGAUUUAACUGUGGGUUAUCCUGAUGUUGAAAUUUGAGCCUAAUAUCAUGCAGUUAGUUUUUGAUACAUUCAGAACUAUUUUAUUACAAUUUAUCCAGUGUUCAUCUGUUUAUAACUCCUUGAUUAAAACUGUAUUUAGCUCACUGGCUGUAAAUGCAGAGGCAUAUAUGGUCGAAUCGUCAGCAUACAUGGCUAAAGUGGCUCUGUUCAAAAUUUGUGACAGAUCAUUUGUAAAAAUAGUAAAUAGUAAUGGACCCAAGCAACUACCCUGUGGCACCCCACAUGUCAAAGCUCGCACAUCAGAAAAGCAACCGUUGUAGAAAACUGUUCUGUGCAUCCUGUCUGUAAGAUAGCUUUUAAUCCAUGUCAAGGAUAACAGAUCAAA